AAAUUAUAUUAAUGUUGAUUGCAUAUUGUUCAUAGCGAUAUUUGAGUGAUAUUUGUUUUGCUUUUUUUUUCAGUGAAAAUAGAUACAGAACGAAAAAUUGUAAUUGUAGAUGAAGAGUUGAAAGAUAUGCUUCCAGAUGAAAUACAGGAAGAGUUGCCCCAGCAUCAGCCAAGAUACCUGGCUUACAGCUAUAAACUUUCACAUGACGAUGGCAGAGUGUCGUACCCUUUCGUGUUUAUAUUCAUCAGUCCUUCCGGGUGCAAGCCGGAACUUCAAAUGAUGUAUGCAGGAAGUAAACUGAGUGUUGUAAAUAGUGGGGGAUUUACAAAGGUAUUUGAGCUUCGCUCAGUUGAAGAAUUUACUGAAGAAUGGUUGAUAGAGAAGCUGAAGUUUUUCAGAUAAAUAUUUUACAUGACUGCAGAUAAGAGGGAAGGAGAGUGGCUCAAGACUCUUGUAAUUGACCUUCAUAUGCAAGAUAAGGGGCCUAAACUGUAAUCAAUGUUUUGCCCAGGUUUCCUAGCACUGGUCCUGCUACUAAUACUCAAUACAUUUAAUAAGUAAUUUAUUAUCUUUAACAUUAUGGACUAUAGUUUCAGUUAUAUUUUGUGAAGAAGAGGAAAACACCAUUGUUAUGGUGUCUCUUUUUACUUGUUACUAGUACAGUGUAUUGGCAGGAUGUUUAGGUGCGGGGUAGGUGAAGUAAUCCGAUUUUUAUUUCAAGGGCAAUAUAUAAUAUCACUUUAAAAAGACAUAAAAAUAUACAAAAUGGAAUAAAG